GGGGAGCGCCUUUAAGCCGAAACCCCGCCCUCUCUGUCGUCCUGGCAACGCCUCCCCCUACCCGGGGCUCCCACAUUUCAGCAGGUGCCGGAGCUGGAGCUCCCACCGCCGCCGCCCGUGCCUCCGGCUCCCGGCGCCGUGCCUUUGGCUCUUCCUCCCCACUCGCCCGCUCCCCCUGGCGGAGCCGGCGCACCCGGGGGUGCCGCUCCCUGCCUGGCGCGCUCCGCACCUGGAGGUGCCUUGCCCCUCUCCUACCCACCUCGGAAUUUCCCUGUGGCUCCUUUGAUCCUUCGAGUCUCCGGCUCCUUUCCCUUCCACCUGUUUCCCCCAAGGAAGGCAGGAUCCUGGUCCCUGCUACGUUUCUGGGGCCAUGGCUGGUCUGGGCCCCGGCGGAGGCGAUUCAGAGGGGGGACCCCGGCCCCUGUUUUGCAGAAAAGGGGCUCUGAGGCAGAAGGUGGUCCACGAAGUCAAGAGCCACAAGUUCACCGCUCGCUUCUUCAAGCAGCCCACCUUCUGCAGCCACUGCACCGACUUCAUCUGGGGUAUCGGAAAGCAAGGCCUGCAAUGUCAAGUCUGCAGCUUUGUGGUUCAUCGACGAUGCCACGAAUUUGUGACCUUCGAGUGUCCAGGCGCUGGGAAGGGCCCCCAGACGGACGACCCCCGGAACAAGCACAAGUUCCGCCUGCAUAGCUACAGCAGCCCUACCUUCUGCGACCACUGUGGCUCCCUCCUGUACGGGCUUGUGCACCAGGGCAUGAAAUGCUCCUGCUGCGAGAUGAACGUGCACCGGCGCUGUGUGCGUAGCGUGCCCUCCCUGUGCGGUGUGGACCACACCGAGCGCCGCGGGCGCCUGCAGCUGGAGAUCCGAGCUCCCACUGCAGAUGAGAUCCACAUAACGGUUGGCGAGGCCCGUAACCUUAUUCCUAUGGACCCCAAUGGUCUCUCUGAUCCCUAUGUGAAACUGAAGCUCAUCCCAGACCCUCGGAACCUGACGAAACAGAAAACCCGAACGGUGAAAGCCACGCUAAAUCCUGUGUGGAAUGAGACCUUUGUGUUCAACCUGAAGCCUGGGGAUGUGGAGCGCCGGCUCAGCGUGGAGGUGUGGGACUGGGACCGGACCUCCCGCAACGACUUCAUGGGUGCCAUGUCCUUUGGUGUCUCAGAGCUGCUCAAGGCGCCAGUGGAUGGCUGGUACAAGUUACUGAACCAGGAGGAGGGCGAGUAUUACAAUGUGCCGGUGGCCGAUGCUGACAACUGCAGCCUCCUCCAGAAGUUUGAGGCUUGUAACUACCCCCUGGAAUUGUACGAGCGGGUGCGGAUGGGCCCCUCUUCCUCUCCUAUCCCCUCCCCUUCCCCUAGUCCCACCGAUCCCAAGCGCUGCUUCUUCGGGGCAAGCCCAGGACGUCUGCACAUCUCCGACUUCAGCUUCCUCAUGGUUCUAGGAAAAGGCAGUUUUGGGAAGGUGAUGCUGGCCGAGCGCAGGGGCUCUGAUGAGCUCUACGCCAUCAAAAUCCUGAAAAAGGACGUGAUCGUCCAGGACGACGACGUGGACUGCACGCUGGUGGAGAAACGCGUGCUGGCGCUGGGGGGCCGGGGUCCUGGCGGCCGGCCCCACUUCCUCACCCAACUCCACUCCACCUUCCAGACCCCGGACCGCCUGUAUUUCGUGAUGGAGUACGUCACGGGGGGAGACUUGAUGUACCACAUUCAACAGCUGGGCAAGUUUAAGGAGCCCCAUGCAGCGUUCUACGCAGCAGAAAUCGCCAUCGGCCUCUUCUUCCUUCACAAUCAGGGCAUCAUCUACAGGGACCUGAAGCUGGACAAUGUGAUGCUGGAUGCUGAGGGACACAUCAAGAUCACUGACUUCGGCAUGUGUAAGGAGAACGUCUUCCCCGGGACGACAACCCGCACCUUCUGCGGGACCCCGGACUACAUAGCCCCGGAGAUCAUUGCCUACCAGCCCUAUGGGAAGUCUGUCGAUUGGUGGUCCUUUGGAGUUCUGCUGUAUGAGAUGUUGGCAGGACAGCCUCCCUUCGAUGGGGAGGACGAAGAGGAGCUGUUUCAGGCCAUCAUGGAACAAACUGUCACCUACCCCAAGUCGCUUUCCCGGGAAGCCGUGGCCAUCUGCAAGGGGUUCCUGACCAAGCACCCAGGGAAGCGCCUGGGCUCAGGGCCUGAUGGGGAACCUACCAUCCGUGCACAUGGCUUUUUCCGCUGGAUUGACUGGGAACGGCUGGAACGAUUGGAGAUCCCGCCUCCUUUCAGACCCCGCCCGUGUGGCCGCAGCGGCGAAAACUUUGACAAGUUCUUCACGCGGGCGGCGCCAGCGCUGACCCCUCCAGACCGCCUAGUCCUGGCCAGCAUCGACCAGGCCGAUUUCCAGGGCUUUACCUACGUGAACCCCGACUUCGUGCAUCCGGAUGCCCGCAGCCCCACCAGCCCAGUGCCUGUGCCCGUCAUGUAAUUUCACCCGCCGCCACUAGGUGUCUCCAACGCCCCCUCCGCCGUGCCGGUGGCAGCCCCCACUUCACCCCCACUUCAACACCUCCUGCCCCAUUCUAGAUCCUGCACCCCAGCAUUCCGGCUCUGCCCCCGCGGGUUCUAGACGCCCCUCCCGAGCGUUCCUGGCCGCCUAAACUCCAUACAGCCUCUACAGCCGUCCCGCGUUCAAGACUUGAGUGGAGCCCGAUAUUCUCCCCGACCUUAGCAUUCUGGACUCUGCCCCAAUCGGGUCCAGAGACGCCACCACACCACUAACCAUCCCCAACUCCAUGGGGUUCGAGACUCCAUCUUGGUAGUUCUAUGCGUCCCCCCAGACCCCGCCCCUGGGGAAAUAGCCUCACGGGGUUGGCUGUUCCAGACUCAGGUUCCAGAACAACCCUCAGCCUCCGAGGCCCGCCCCCCCCCCACUCCAGUUCUAGGUGAGUGGGAGGCAUGCCCCCCUCCUCCAGUACGUCCCGCUGCUGUGCUCUAGGGAUUUCUGGGAUAUAUGGAGGAUUCUUCCCCCAGCGGCUCCCAAUCAGCUUUUGUUCUAGACUUCCCCAUCCUGAAGCCAUCACUGCUCCCCGCAGCCUGCCUGCCGUGCAUGGCUCCUGUCUGGCUCAGACCCACCCCAACCCUCCCCAAUGCCUGCCACUCUGUGGGACUCUCCUCCUUCCCUCCUCUUCCCUUAGCCUCUCCCACCCCGCCACAGCUGCUGGAGAAUAAAUUUGGGAUGCUGAUGCUGAA